UCAACUUCGGUUUCAUCCUUUUUCUUUCGCGAGUUGAAAAUCGUGUGUGCACUCGUCAUCAUGUCCACGAUAAAUUUGCCUCUAAAUUUGACCGUGCGCGUCCAUCCGGUCGUUCUGUUCCAGAUUGUGGAUGCCUACGAACGUCGCAAUGCCGACUCGGAACGUGUCAUCGGAACUCUGCUGGGUUCCGUGGACAAGGGAGUUGUUGAAGUGACCAAUUGCUUCUGUGUUCCGCACAAGGAACAUGCCGACCAGGUCGAGGCUGAACUGGGAUAUGCGUCGGAUUUGUACGACCUGAACCGGCGCGUCAACCCGUCGGAGAACAUCGUUGGUUGGUGGGCCACCGGUCAGGAAGUUACCAACCAUAGUUCGGUUAUCCACGAGUACUACGCUCGCGAGUGCAACAAUCCAAUUCACUUGACCUUGGACACUUCGCUGUCUGCGGCCCGUAUGGGAAUCAAGGCUUACGUUUGCGUUUCGUUGGGAGUUCCCGGUGGCAAAACGGGUUGCAUGUUCACGCCGAUCAAUGUGGAGAUUUCGAGCUACGAGCCGGAAGUUGUCGGUUUGCAGCUGUGCUCGAAGACCAUUGGUGUUCAGCAGAACGCGUCUCGGCCACGGACCGUUUCGCCAAUGUUGGAUCUUGCCCAAAUCACAGAAGCUUCCGAUAAGUUGCUGACCUUGUUGGGAGAAGUGCUGAACUAUGUUGAGGACGUUUUGGCGGAGAAGCAACAGCCGGAUAACUCCGUUGGACGAGCCUUGCUGGAUCUGAUCCACUCGGUGCCGAACAUGACCUCCGACCAGUUCGCCCAGAUGUUCAACUCGAACGUGAAGGAUUUGUUGAUGGUUGUAACGCUUUCACAGCUGAUUAAGACGCAAUUGCAGUUGAAUGAGAAAUUGACCAGUUUGACAUCGUUCAUCAAUUAAAGAUUUAGAAGAAUUGUUUAUGCUAGCUACUACAGAAACAUUCGAUAAGACGAUAAGGUGAGUGUUGAGCCAAUUAACCGAGCGAGUACCGAAGAAAGAAGAAACGCUGUUCUGAUAAUCUGCGAAUUUGGUUGUACUCGAAGAUAUCUGUGAAGUGUACACUUCGUAGUGAUUGGAAGGACGAAUACAAUAGAGACAACCCCAGAAA